AGUUGUUUAGUCACAACAUCGAAUGCUACGAAGUGUUUUAGAUAGUGUCAUCUAACCAAAAUGCAACAAAUAUCGCUGUAAACAUCUCACAAGGUCAAAUGUAUGGAUAGAAAUUGAGUUUCAGUAUGGCAGAUAGCUUUUUAAUGGAGGUGUGUGUGGACUCUGUGGAGUCUGCUGUCAAUGCUGAACGAGGAGGAGCGAGUCGUCUUGAGCUGUGUUCUAGUCUUCUGGAGGGGGGUCUCACCCCGAGCAUUGGUCUUUUACAUGUUGUGAAGCAGUAUGUUAAAAUACCAGUGUAUGUUAUGAUUCGGCCUCGUGGGGGAGAUUUCCUGUAUUCAGACUAUGAAGUAGAGGUGAUGAAGAAGGACAUAGAGCUGAUGAAGCUCAAUGGAGCUGAUGGGCUGGUGAUGGGAGCCUUGACAGAGGACGGACGAGUGGAUGCAGAGCUGUGCUUGGAGUUACUAGCUGUUGCUCGUCCCUUACCAGUCACUUUUCACCGAGCAUUUGACAUGGUUCAUGACCCAACCAUUGCUCUUGAGACACUGGUCUCAUUAGGCUUCCAGCGUGUGCUUACGAGUGGCUGUGACUGCUCUGCUUUGGAGGGGCUCCCCCUUAUUAAACGCCUGAUGGAUCAGGCGAAAGACAGAAUUAGCAUAAUGCCAGGAGGAGGUAUAACAGAGAGAAAUCUGCAGCGUAUCUUGGAGGGUUCAGGGGCUCAGGAGUUCCACUGCUCGGCUCGUUCCAGCAAAGAGUCCGCCAUGAAAUUUAGGAAUACCAGUGUGUCAAUGGGAGCAUCUUUUUCAGCACCUGAAUAUGGCCUAAAGGUAGCAGAUGUGUGCAAAAUCCGUGCACUUAAUGCAAUAGCCAAAAAUACUUUGUGAGUCCGGGUUUUGUCCAUGACCAUUGCUCAUUAAAUGGAUAGAUAUAAAAAGAAAUGAUGAGCAUUUUGCUAAUUUUUCAGAUAUUACUUGAUUCUCUCUUGACUGACUUCAUGACUCAGGGACAGUAUUUUACUGAUGUCAAAAAAGUAGGGAUGGUUCAGUAUGAGCCAAUACCCAUUUCCAAUAAUUGUCCUGCUGCUGACUGAUAAAAUGCCAAUAUGAAGAUUUUAAAAUCCACAGUCAGGUCUACAGAUGUAUUUUGUUAUAAGUAUGAUUGUGCAAACAUACAACCAUAUUUUCAGUCAAUUGCUCUUCUAUUUUCUAUUUUUUACAAAUUAUUCUGUGCAAAGCAAUUAAUUUGAUGCACUGAAGACAAACUGGGAAUGGCACAGAGACUGCAGCAGCUCAGAAAAAUAUUGGUAUUGUGGUAUUGAUAUCACCAGCAACAAUAUUGGAACCAGUCGGCCCUACAAACAUGCACAGCCUCUGCUAACUGAUUUAUGUUAGAAAGCUGGCCUAUUUAUGCUGAGUUAGCCUUAGUAUUGUUAGUGGCCUUUUAUGAGGCUGGAUUUGUGUAACCUUCUCUUAAAAGAAUAAACAUUGUUAAAAUAAAUUGUUGUUUAAAUAAAAAGGUAUGUUCACACCUGUCAUACACCAUCACCAAAUAUAGUGGUUAAUGAGUGCAGAGUGUAGUAUUGUAGUGUAGAGGUUAGAAUAAUCUUAUCUGUUCACUGAUGCCUAAUUAGUCUAAAGUGCUCUAAGGCUAGGUUUACUUCUGAAUGUCAUCAGCUGCUGUAUAUUUAUAGAUGAUUCAGAGAUUUUGUGGUAUAAGUGAAAAGAUGAUGAAUAUUAUUAUUUACAGUGAUGUGACGUUACAUCAGUUUUUGUCUAUAUGGUUUAUAUCUGCAUUGUGCUGACCACUGCAUGCUUAUCUUUUGGUCACAUGUCAAACCUCUUCUUGGGUUUCACAAACAGUGAGUCAACUCAAUUACAGCCUGUGUGGGGUAAUCAAAGCAGCAAUGAUUAACAAUUAUAGCACAUGCAAUUGGAACACAGUAAGGGCUUAUCCAGUUCAUGAUAUUUUUCAAUGCAAUCUUACAUGUUACUUAUUAUGACUUUUCAAUAUUUGUCUGUUCUUUUCAUUAAUAGAAAUGGAUCAGAUGUUUCGCUGACUGUAACUAUAAUUAGACCUGUCACACGUAACACAUUUUGAAGUGUGAUAUAUUACUGGAGAAAAUAUAAACAAUAAUCCUGAAAUUAAUUUAUGUCACUGACAAAAUAACCCUAACGUAGAAUUACCUCCAAAAUAAACUAUUCUAAAUGUACAAUAUGGUUAAAAACAGGGUCAAUAAAUUAAUGCAAUAAAUAAAUAAAAAGCAGAAGGAAACAGUAGUAAGUUUGUAUCAAUCCUCUAAAGCUCAAAUCUUAUCAUAAAAUGGAAAAAUAACAAAAUGUUCUCCACUAGUACAAAGAAAAAGCCCAACAUAAAUAUUGACCCUCAAAAAUUAUUGUUAGAUCUAUCAUAUACUGAACCAUAACGCAAUAUAGUAAUUAUUGUGACAGGUCUAAUUAUGACAAUAAUAUUGCCAUACACAGUAGUUACAUUUGAAUAUCGUUAAGGUUUCAGGUUUGUUUCUAGGUCUGACGAUCUUGAAUAAAUCUGCAAGUGAAGCUACAUCUGGAAGUCAUUUGACAAAUAUCUCUGGUGCUGUGUUGUGAUCUGUUAGAAUUUCCAUUGACCAGUUGUAACGGGUGUAACUAACUGUCAUUUUAAUUUUAUCUCCAAGGAUUUUAUUCCAUCUGUUUAGAAAAGGAAACUAAGAGAAACAAAGGAAAAGCCCAGCCCCUUUUUAUACACACUUACAUUUUUUUCUGAAAUCCGGUAGUUCAAACACAAGACUCACACAGUUGUAGCCUGGAAAAACUAUUAGAAUAGAAGAGCUUGAUUACAUGCAUCUGAGAAGCAGCACAGGAAAA